GUUCAGAAAUGUCAUCUGGAAGAAAAAGGUUUGACAUGAACGUCAUUCAAGUACCAUUUUUUUGCUAACCUAAAAUGUUUUAUCAAAUGACUUGAUCUCGCUGUUUUUACUAAUUUUUUUACGUAUAUUUUUCCACAAAUUAACGAAGACAAAUCUCGAUUGUAUCGCGACACAACUCGUUUUGGGUUCGACGUAUUAUUUAGCGUGUGACAAUUUUUUUAAUGAUGACAAUGCGUUAGAGAAGUUAAAACAUGGACACCGACCCGAAUAACACUACGGCGGGUCGCGAGACGGGGCGGUGCAUGUCCGUGGCGGCAAUGCAGGCGCUGCACCGGCUACGCGAGUGCCGGCUGCUGUGCGACGCCGUGGUGCGCGCGGACGACGGCGCCGCCUUCCCAGUUCACCGCGCUAUACUUUCCGCCUGCAGCCCUUACUUUCUGGCGCUAUUCACUACGACGCUUCACUCGCGCGAGCAAAGCGACGUGUUGAUAUCGGGCGUGCGCUCGGAGAUCCUAUUGCUGCUGAUCGAGUACGCAUAUCUGCGCCGCAUUGACGUCACCGACGGCAACGUACACGAGCUACUUAUGACCGCCGACUACCUCGCCUUCCUCGGCGUGCUGCAGCUCUGCUGCGACCACCUACGCCUCGCGCUCAGCCCGCGCAAUUGCCUCGGCAUCAUGAUGUUUGCCAGGCGCGUGUUUUGCUACAAACUGGAGGCGGACGCGCGUCGCUACCUUUUGCGGUAUUUCGUGACGGUGGCAACGCAGAGCGACGAGUUUCUGCACCUACCGCUGGACGAGCUGAAUGCCAUCAUACUGGAGGACGAGCUGAACGUGAAGAGCGAGGAGGCGGUGUGGGAUGCGGUGCUGCGUUGGGUCAACUAUGAACCAGACCAGCGUUGGCAGCAUACCGUCAAACUCAUGGCUAGCAUACGACUCGGCUUAUUGGAUACACAAUUUUUUCUAGAGAAUGUAAAGGACCAUCCAUACGUGACGGGGAACGAGGGCUCGCGGCCGAUCAUUAUCGAGACGCUAAAGUUCCUCUACGAUUUGGAAAUGAUUGCUCAGAGAGACGGCGAGGUCGCCACGCCGGAGAUCGCACGCCCAAGGGUGCCGCAUGAGGUGUUAUUCGCUAUCGGUGGCUGGAGUGGCGGCUCUCCCACGGCUUUUAUUGAAACGUACGAUACACGCGCAGAUCGUUGGAUUAAGGUAGAGGAGGUAGAUCCUGCUGGCCCUCGUGCGUAUCACGGUACGGCGGUGUUGGGUUACUGUAUCUACGUCAUAGGCGGCUUCGACGGCAUGGACUACUUCAACUCGUGUCGAUGCUUCGACGCUGUGAACAAAACGUGGCGAGAGGUGGCACCAAUGAACGCGCGUCGCUGCUACGUGUCAGUGGCGGUGUUAGGAGAGACGAUCUACGCGAUGGGUGGUUACGACGGUCAUCAUCGGCAGAACACCGCCGAGCGAUUUAAUCAUCGCACCAACCAGUGGUCGCUGGUAGCGCCUAUGAAUGCACAGCGGUCAGACGCGAGCGCUGCAGCACUUGAUAACAAGAUCUUCAUCACGGGCGGUUUCAACGGUCAGGAGUGUAUGAACAGCGUGGAGGUGUACGACCCCGACACCAACCAGUGGACAAACCUGGCGCCGAUGCGGUCGCGCCGCUCCGGCGUCUCCUGCAUCGCUUACCACAACAAGAUAUAUGUGAUAGGCGGUUUCAAUGGCAUAUCUCGGAUGUGCAGCGGAGAAGUAUACGACCCCGCGGCGAACACGUGGGCGCCCGUACCGGACAUGUACAAUCCGCGCAGCAAUUUCGCUAUCGAGGUCAUCGACGACAUGAUCUUUGCUAUCGGUGGCUUUAACGGCGUUACCACCAUCUACCAUGUCGAGUGCUACGAUGAGAAGACUAAUGAAUGGUAUGAGGCAACGGAUAUGAACAUCUACCGGUCAGCGCUGUCGGCGUGCGUGAUAAUGGGUCUGCCGAACGUGUACGACUACAUUCACAAGCACCGCGAGCGACUUAUGGAGGAGAAGAGGCAGAAGAUCCUUCUCUCGGAGACAGCGCGUCACGGACAGCACCGCACCGCUCUGCCUGAUGUCCACUUGAUGGAAGAUAACGACGACAUGCUGGAGCAGCUGGGGCUGAUGGAACACCAGGCUAACAACAACCUGGCGAUACCGCCCCCGCCGCCGCCGCCUCUGCCGCCGCAGCCUAUGGAGCAGGAUAGGAACUGAAGCCGCGCUCACCGACACUCAUACAUCCCUGGUAAUGCUCAAGUCCAGUCAGUACGGUAUGCUGAUUUGUAAGCCAUCGAAGACGGAAAGUAUUAUACAAAAGUAAGAUACAAUAUAGUCAAGUUAUUAGUUUUGUAAAAUUAUAACGUAACUGGUAAUUUUUAACAUAUUUACAUUUGUUUUUAACGUUUCUGGCAUAUUUAUAAUGUGAUAUUUCGUAAUGCGAAUCAUUUCUGUAUUUUUGGAUCAUUUUUGACGAUUGUAUAAAUUUUUUCUGAGAAAUAUAUGCUAUAAGAACAA